CACUCUUGCCCUUUCUCUUGUAAACUUAACUUUCGACUGAAAGAAGGGAUGAAGAAAUUUUUCCUUGAUUCACUUUAUAUAUAAUUUGAUGUCUUCAGAACUCAACAGUUUUCUACUGCAAAGAAUUCAAGACAGGCAAGUUCAUUCCUAUCUAGACAUUCAAAACAUCCUGAGGUAUUUUUGUUACUUAUUUCCAAAAGACUUUGGAAUAAUUGAACUUUUGUCUUCAAAACGGUUUCAAUCCUCACAUUUUUUGUGUUGAGUUUUUGUGAUAAAAUAGCAAUUCUCGAUUUAUUUUUCAAUAAAUCAUAUAAUUUUUUAAUAAUCCGAAAAAAAUUUGUACGAGUUUUCGACCAGUUUAUUUUUAUUGCUGAGCUGCGAAAUCGAAAAAUGACUACCCAUCAUCAAGGUUUAUGGAAGAUGGACAUUGAUGAACAGGGCCAAUUUUCAAAUUUUAUACCACAAGUCAAACAUGAUUUAUAUUCUGGAGGAUGGCAUCGUUCACUGAAUGUGUCAUCGCAGGAAUCUUCGAAUUUAUCAACGAGAAAUUUUUAUCAACGCAAAAAACAGGAUUACAGAGGAGAUUUAUAUAGAACAAAGUACGCGGAUCAAGUGAAACCGAUGAAAGAUCCAGGAUAUUAUUCUUCAAGUUCUUCAACUGGAUCGAUUACGCCGCCAAGUUCACCAUUAGAAGAAACUUUCAUGGAAUUAAAACUACAAAGUUCACCACGUGAAGAGAUUUGCAUUGGACUAAAGCCAUCGGAACGUAUAAGUCGCUAUCGGGAAAUAUUACCUGUACAAAAUCAACAAGGAUAUAUAGCACGUUCUAAAUGGGAAUUGAUGGCCACCCCAAAACAACCACUUCGUCGACCUAUGAGUCCGCCUUCUUACUUCAUUAGCAAAUAAUAAAUUGGAUAAAAUGACAACGCAGAAAUUUUGGUUUUCUCUAGGAUAACACAAUUGGAAUUCGUUAUCACCGGUAACGGAUUUACAGUUCAUACAUUUGCGUUUUGAUAUCAAUGAAACUCUCGCUUUGUUCUCCGAUGUAGAGCAUCGGAUGAUUUGAACUAAAGUAAGAGCAUUUUUAUUUAUAUGUAUUAAAAAAAAAGAGUCGUUCAGAUUUUAAAAUGCGUUAUUCGCAAUCUAUGUAUUGCGAUUUAAAAUAAUUAUCACAUCGUUA